AUGGCAGCUGCCAUAUCCGGGAGCGUUUCAUCGGGCUCAGUAGGCGCAGCACUGUUAGAUAUCGAUGACCACUCUAGAAAUUCGGGCUCUGCGAAGACGCCAGAGAUUACGAUAGGACCAUUCGGCCUUUUCGAUUCUAACCCGGACCCCGGGCCAACCGUAUCAACAAAUCUAAGAUCUAACACCAAUCCCGAUGGACAAGCUACACUCGCAGGCGAGGAGUCACAGCUCUUGCCCUCUUUUUGUCACCCUCCCAACUCAGGUUACGAUGACCUCCCCUUGAUAGGUGUGUAUGAGGACGGCAGUGUGGCUCCUGAUUGUGACGGAUACCUUGCGUGGACAGAUCUCUUUGCACUUGACUUUGAAACCACUCUCGGAUUGCCACAGACACAAAGUUCUGUCUAUUCGGACCUCCUCGGGCAGGGCAUUCCGGCACAAAAAAACCCAGUUCAGCCUAGGAGUUCCACCGCCAUCCUCCCUUCCGAGGAUCAAUCCCGAAAACCAUUGAGCCACUCAUUGUCUGAGAAUGUACCCAACUCCACAGAUUGGCGCUCUCCCAAAAUCACUUUUCUUCUUAGACACUUCUAUCAGGCAGUGAUCCCUCGCAUGGCUUCUGUUCCCUUGGGAAAAAAGUAUGCUUGGGGCCCCAUGAAUCAUGAAUUGGCAGUGCAAACUCAGGCGGAUGUCACAUAUCUAGAGAAACCACAUGUAAAUGAAGCCAAGCUCGCCAAUUUGUGUGCGAUUGUUGCCAUAUCUGCAUAUCACCUCCAUAUAACGGGAUACGAUUCCCACCAACCUCCAGAAGAUUGGUUGCAGUUUAGCCGGAAACAAAUCCGCGAUGCCGAUGUCUACUUUAAUCGUUCUCUCGAAUUAGAAAUACGAGGCUCGAAAGCAGCAAAGUAUAAAGAGCAGCUAAUGGCUAUACAGGCGCUCAUGGCUUAUUCUUGGGCGACUGCUGAUUCGACCGAAGCACGCCGAUACCAACUCGAGACGGAGCGCUUGGUCCGUUUCCGUGGGCUUGCUAAACGGGAUAUAUCACGUCGGAUACGGUUACUACAUCAUGCAUAUACAUGGAAUAGGAUUGUUGGUGAGAGCACCUAUGUGCUUCACGAUUAUGGAAAUCUGCGGCGUUUCAUUUCCGCCAGCUUUGGGGAGCCACAAAUAGCUGACUGGAGAGAGGAUGGCUCCUCGCCGAACCAUACUGACACUCAUCAUACACGAGAAAAUACCAGGUUAGACGACUUUCUGAGAAUUCGACAUUCUUUCGAGGAGGUUGACAGAAGCAUUGAGGGGUACAAAGAUGCCCAUACCGGUAACCAAGAUAUUCAUUUAGAGGACCCCCGAAAUAGUGUCGAAGAUGGAUUCCACAUCAUUUACGGUGUUCCCGAGCGGUGGCUGAGCCUUCUCUCGCGCACCACACGGCUAGCAAAUUGGCUCGAUGCGAACGAAACUCUUGGAAGGCUCGGCGGCAACCGCUUGUCCGAAACACUGGAGCGCCGGGCUCAGUCUCUGGAAGAUGCUAUUUGCGCCUUCGUUGGGGGGCUAGACGUGGCGGAAAACAUCAACGCCAACGAACCGCCGAAUUGCGGCAUCAGCAGCCUGGGCCUGGUUCGGCAUGGGCAGCUUUCAUGGCUGGCUGCGAGGCAAUGGGAGAGUUGA